AGGAGAUGUACUGUAGGUGGACGAAGCCCUUUCUGAUAUCCCUGUGAGCCACAUAGGCUCAUGGUGUUUCUCGCCUUUUGCAUUGGAUCUUAAUUAUUUUUUCAAGAGGAAUUGAGCAACUGGAUCAUUUUUUAUUUAACUCAUGUUGUCGAACAUUAUUGAACAAUGUUAAUCAUUUGAAUAAUUGCUGUACGGGUUGUACUUCAAAACCUAAAACUAUAACCUCACCAUGUGUCUAAAUGUCACUUGAAGUGUCAUAGCGUCAGCUGCUGUGUGAAUAUGCAAAUCUGAACUGGUAAUAAAUAAACAAGCUUAUAAAAAUGUACUUCAGAUGACUAAACAAGUUCAUAGAGUAUAUUGAUAAACCACAUUAGAUUGUAUUAACCCUCCUGUUACCUUCACAUUUACUAACAUAUCUUACCCUCGGGGUCAAUUUGACUCCAGCAAUUAAAACCUCCAGAAAAUUAUUAGAAUUAAUAUUGUUUCCCAAGUUUAAGUGUGAGGUACUUUAUGUUUGUUUGUUGACUACCUAAAUAGCCCUUUAAAUAUAUAAAAAAGUUGAUAUUUCUUAUAUGUUUGACACAGUGAAAAACAGCCUGCGGUCAAAUUGACCCCAAAGAACACCGACAUUAAACAUUGAAUGGGGUCAAAUUGACCCGAAAGGUAACAGGAGGGUUAAGCUAAACAUUGAUGUUGAGAGAAGAAGUUUAAUCAUAGAAACUGGUAAGAAUACAAACAGGAAUUGGUGUUUUAUUCAUAAAUUGGAUAGUGGCAGUGCUGCAUAAAGUCAUGGUUUAAAAAAAGCUAUGAAAGAAAAUAGGAUGACUUAUAUAUGCACUGAGUGAAAUAAGAAAGAGGGAAACUGAUGUCCAGGGACGGGUUCAGUAGAUGUGAAAAUAAGUUGCGUAAUUUUCAGUUCCACUAUCACUACACCAUAUGUGAAGUCUUUAAAGUACAUUAAACCAAGAUGUAAUUUUUGUUUUAAUGGUAUAAUCGGUGCUGGUUUGAGCCACAUGGGAAUGAGGAUAACUACUAAAAAAAGUAAAAACCUUUCACGUGGAAAAAAUUCUAUUUCAAAGCCACAAAUAGAUGGAAAACAUAUUUAAUGCAAUGUGUUGAACACUAGUUGUGUAAAGUUCAGAUAAAAAGAAAUGCAGAUGAAGAGAGUUUUUUCUCUGGGCUAUUCACGAGGAACAGCAAGGCUGGGUAAUAUAUCAACAUUGGAAUAUGAGACUAAAUAUUGUCUUGGAUAAAAUCGUAAAAAGGCUUAAGUGUGGUUGUUUUCUGGUUUAAAGGCCACAUUACAUUAAAGUAUUACGACACGGACGGUUCUAUUAUUUUUUCUCUAACCACUUCAGUCAUUAUAACCACAUUACUGAUGAUUAUCUAUCGAGAAUCUCACUGUACAUAUUUUGUGAGAGCAAAAAUGAUCAAUCCUGGUACAUUGACACAACAUCAAUAACAAAGUAUUUAGAUAUUUAUUUACAAACUGAAGCAGAAGUUUAAUGGAAUAUGAACAUUAUUUGAAAUCCCCCCGUUUGAAAACUGGAAGAUGUUAAGAAAACAAGACGAAAAUAUCAGACAAAGAACCUUCAAGUCCCAGCGUUUAGUUUUCAUCAUGCUUCCACGUGACGGAUGGUCGUGCUGGUCUGUCGUUGGUUGGCUGAAGUUACUUUGGUCACAGGGCUGUAAGAAGCAGAUAAUUUAAAAUGUGUUUUUAUCAAUUCCGCUCACUUGCCAGAAUGAGGCAAAACUGGCACUUGAAACAUGUUUUUUGCUGACUUUUUUUUUGCUACAAACAAGCUUCACAAGAGUUUUUACAGCUUUUCACUCAGAAUGACCUUAAAUGACCUUUUCGAGAGAAUACACAGCAAUAUAGAACUAAGAAGGGGCACAACAGAUAAUAUAUGGUACAAUUUAAAAAUAAAGUCCAGCUGAAACUUAGAGACAGGGUUAAGUAUACUAUAUAUUAAGACAGGUGUUAUAUGGCGCGUCAUUAUUGUCCUGGUUAAGAACCGGGCAGCAGUAACAGUUUGAGGCCAUGGGCUUCAUAACAAAUAGCAUAAAGGAGUUUGCGGUGUUUAAGUGGUGUUUAAGCUUUGACAGCACAAACUAGUUUCACGCUAUCUUUUUUGUAUUAAUGUUUCCAUUUUCAGUUUGAGAUCACAUAUCUAUAUUAUUUCAACAUCGACAACAUGAACGCUCAGACAGGGUAAACAGGUAAUUGGUUUGAAUCAACCUGCAGACCAGCAUUUCACAUCACAGUAUCACAUGUUUGUUGGGGUUGUGUUGAUGUCCAUUUUAUGCAUUCAGCCCAACUGUGUGUUGCAUUUUCCCUUUUGUUUGCUUUUUUUCUUCUUUUUUAUGGCCCAAUUCCCAUUUCAGAGAACAAUCUCCACUAACUGACGAACAGUUGGUAGCAGGGUAAGACCAAAUCAUUCUAAACCACCUUUCCUUUGCUUAGAUCACCCCUGUCUUUUUUUUAAUCCCCUUCUUUCCUAUUUUGUGUCCUUUAUGGAUCCCCAACUCUAAUCUCAGUAAAAUCCUUUAUCAGUAGCAGAUCCAGUGAAUCCGCGCUUUGGUCGAUUCCGGACUGCAGUUUUUCUUUCGUCUGUGCCGUUUGCCCUUUUUUGAGAAAAGAAAAUCAAACCGCUUAAAACUAUAAUUAAUAAUUAAUUCACAUUGAUUAUGUUACCUGAAGCAUGUGGACUCAGCGUUACAAAACAAAAAAUAAAUCAAAUGCAGACUACAAUAAAGCAAAUACAACACAUUAUUCUUAAAUUGUGCUGUACGGUAAGUCUAUAGGGUGUUUAAUUUGUUUCUGAAAGUUAACGCCUUGAUUUUUAUCCCUUUUGAUUGCAGCAUGAGUUCCUUAAGUCCAACCAGCAUGUGUCUUUCACAUUCUUCAUUCAUACAGCGACUUCACUGUUUCUGCCAGGAGUCCUCUUCCUCUUUUCUCCUCUCCAGUAGCCACACAAGUUUAAACAAAUGUUCUCUGACAUCAUCCUCGCCACCAUUCUGGCCACCAAAUCUGAUAUGUGCGGGAAAAAGUUUGAACUGAAGAUAGACAAUGUUCGAUUUGUGGGCCAUCCUACCCUCCUGAAGCAUCCUCCCAUCAUUCAGGUUUCUAAAAUGGACCCUUCACCCAAGAGGGAAAUGCCGACGAUGAUCUUGUUUAAUGUGGUGCUUGCACUAAGGGCGAAUGCUGACCCGUCCGUCAUCAGCUGCAUGCACAACCUGUCGCGCCGCAUCGCCAUCGCCCUGCAGCACGAGGAGCGGCGCUGCCAGUACCUGACCAGAGAGGCCAAGCUGAUGCUGGCCGUCCAGGAAGAGAUCACCACCACGACUGAGACGGAUGGAAGCCCCCAGUCCCCAUUUAGACAAAUUCUUCCCAAAUGUAAACUAGCCAGGGACCUGAAGGAGGCUUACGACAGCCUUUGUACAACUGGCGUGGUGCGACUCCAUAUUAACAACUGGCUCGAGGUGAGCUUCUGUCUGCCACACAAGAUCCACAGGAUCGGUGGCACCUACAUCCCCCCAGAGGCUUUGGAGCGCAGCCUCAAGACCAUACGACCCUACCACGCCCUGCUGCUACUGGAAAGUGAGAAGGCGCUGCUGAGCCAGCUUCCUCUGGACUGCUCGCCCGCGAUGGUGCGCCUCAUCAAAACCUGCUCCGCGGUGAAGAACCUGCAGCAGCUCGCGCAGGACGCCGACCUGGCCUUACUUCAGAUCUUUCAAAUUGCUGCUCACUUGGUUUAUUGGGGCAAAGCGAUCAUCAUCUACCCGCUGUGUGAGAACAACGUCUACAUGCUCUCUCCUCAUGCCAACAUCUGCCUAUACUCAACAUUGGCAGAACAUUUUUCCCAGCAGUUUCCUGGUCACGAUCUGCCCUCCAUGCUCGCCAAGUUCUCACUUCCUGUCUCACUCGCCGAGUUCAGAAACCCCCUGGAAGCUCCUGCACAGGAGGCUCAGCUCAUCCAGAUGGUGGUGUGGAUGCUCCAGCGCCGUUUACUGAUCCAGCUGCACACUUAUGUCUGCCUGCUGGUACCGCCCUGUGAGGAUGAACCCGGGUUGAGGGAUGAAGACCCUCCGCUGGCGGCCCGAUUAGGAGGACGCAGUCUCAGCACCCCGAGCGCUCUCAGCUUCGGCUCCCCGACCAGCAGUGACGACAUGACGCUCACCAGUCCCAGCAUGGACAACUCCAGUGCAGAGCUACUGCCUGGUGGGGACUCUCCGCUUAACAAGAGGAUGACAGAGACGCUGCUCUCCAGCUUGUCGGAGCACGAGAGGCAGGUUAUUCUGAACAUCCACGCCGCACAAAAUCCAGAGGAUCUGCGGAUGUUUGCCAGGCUGCUGCACUAUUUCCGGGGACAUCACCACCUGGAAGAGAUCAUGUACAACGAGAACAUGAGGCGCUCGCAGCUCAAGACCAUGUUUGACAAGUUCCGCAGUGUCCUCGUGGUGACCAACCACGAGGAUCCCAUUAUUUCAAUCUUCCAGUCGCCCAUGGAGUAGUGGCACGGAGACGGCGUCAGCGCUUACCGACUGGAAACGAUGUCAGUUUGAGAGCAGAGUGCUAUUGCGCAACAGUGUUAUUUUUUUAAAUGAACUGACAAUGAGUGCAACAUUUAUUGCAGAUGUUUUUUUCCCCCUAAUGAGCCAAAUGUUUACAAGAUUAAAUUAUUUUGUACAUAGAAGAAAUGCUGAAAGCGUAAUAUUAAAACUAUUUGGUAUGGCA